GAUGACCAGAGACUGCGGACAGUACAGGGAUGACCAGAGACUGCGGGACACAGUACAGGGUAUGACCAGAGACUGCGGACAGUACAGGGAUGACCGAGACUGCGGACACAGUACAGGAGAUGACCAGAGACUGCGGACACAGUACAGGGAUGACCAGAGACUGCGGACACAGUACAGGGGAUGACCAGAGACUGCGGACACAGUACAGGAGAUGACCAGAGACUGCGGACACAGUACAGGGAUGACCAGAGACUGCGGACACAGUACAGGGAUGACCAGAGACUGCGGACACAGUACAGGGUAUGACCAGAGACUGCGGACACACAGUACAGGGAUGACCAGAGACUGCGGACACAGUACAGGGAUGACCAGAGACUGCGGACACAGUACAGGGUAUGACCAGAGACUGCGGACACAGUACAGGGAUGACCAGAGACUGCGGACAGUACAGGGAUGACCAGAGACUGAGGACAGUACAGGAGAUGACCA